AUGUGGGAACGUGUGGUUAUGAUCGUAUUGAUGGUGGGUAUGGUUGCGGGAUCCAUCAUGAGUCGGGAAAACGAUCGACGAAGGCCACUGGCAGCGAACAUUGGCCAGAAACCGAACCCAGGUAAGUCAUCGUCAAGGAAAGAAUUGCGCUUUUAAGCAUACAAAAACAUUUAAAAAGUAUGUCAUGACCAUCCCGACUAUAGUAAAGAUCUUUUCAUCUGUCAUUUCCCACGAUUUUCACGAAAACUUCAUUGAAUUCUUACAAAUGAUUCAUCUCCCAGCUCGGGACCUACCAUAACAUUCUCGAAUUGUAUAUUCCCAAGUCGUUGCUAAUUACUUGUUUCAGAGCAACUCGCCUUCUUCUCGCAUACAGUUUGUGUCCAGAAAUGUAUGCUGAAUUGUCAGCCGAUCAUGGCCGAGAAUCAGAAUACUUUUUAUCUGUGUCCGAAGAUAAAACCUCCUGAGGUCUCGCUCUCGGAACGCUUCAUGGCCAAGGCCUCGUGGCCAUGGAUGUUAUUCUUGGGUCUUAUUGGGAUGAUGAUCUUGUUAUGCGUGCUCUGUUCCUGCUGGUCGUGUUGUUGUAAAGGGAAGCACCGCUCAGAACACAGUUCCCGGGAUCCCUUGGCCGAGAACAGAACGUAGGUCCUCUCAUCCCCCUUAACGAACUCUAAAUUAGACAUUUACGAGACGAAAUUGUGGCCGAGAAUUGUGUCCAAGGAUAUCCAUACAUCAGUCGAGGCCAACGAAUCUCCGGCUCCAAAUACGUGGUAGAUGUGUGA